GGCGGGUGCAGAAUGCGUUAAUGCCGAUGGAAUUUACUGGAUUCGUGACACUGUCAGAUUAGGUCACAUGGUUUCUUUAACUUGAACAGAAUCAGACGAGGAGCAGUCAAUGGUUCGUGUUGCGGGGAUGAACCGGAGCACAGCUUUGAAGUUUGGUUCAGCAAAUAAUACUGAAGGAAAGAUUAAAAGGACAUCUGGGAGUGUGGAUAAAAGUGGAAAGAAACCAGGUUCGCGUUUGCCUUUGCAAAAUUCUGAGACAGCCCUUGGAAACGCUUCGGUUCAGAGGUCUUUCUUUAAUGAAGACAAAUCAAAAUCCUUCACCUUUGCACAAGAACCAGCACUGGCUCCUCUUCUCACUUCUGUCCAGGUUCUUUCCAACAUUGCUCAAACCACAAGUAAACCAUCUCUGAAGGACCUUUGCCCUGAGGACAAGCGUCGGAUUGCCAAUCUUGUCCAGGAGCUGGCCAGAGUGAGUGAAGAGAAGGAGGAUUAUGUACAGAAACUCAAGUAUGAACAGGAGACCUUUGAGAAACAAAUCCAUCAGCUGGAGCAACAAAACCAACUCAUUAUACAAGAGAGAGAAAGCCUGCAGCAGCAGUACAGAGAGUGUCAGGAGCUGCUGGGACUCUAUCAACAGCACCUCUCCCAACAGCAAGAGAAACUCAACAGGUCUAUCACCCUGCUCAAUCAGUCCUGCUCCCACAGCACGGUUCCGAGCAGCGAGGCGGGGCCCAGGAGACCUUGGUGUGGGGGACGGAGAGGGACCACUUUAGAUGGCUCGUACUUGGACUUACCUUCUUCAGGAAAUGAUAGAGGCGGUUCAACAGAAGGUGCUCGCUCAUCCUCAUCUGAAACUUUUAAUAGACCCACCUGCAGCGCUGAGCAGAACUGUGAAGUCCACCCCAGAUGCACCCAUCAUGAACAUUCAGAUGUUGGAGGCAGAUUCUCCGACAGGAGGCCUUUAAUUUUUGAUGGCUCGAGGCGGUGUGGUGAUCCUGAACCCAGGUUCUCUCAUCAGCACCAACGCGCGGAGAACGGCAGCUUGAGCGGGGCGAUCAUUCUCGAUAGAGCGACCCCGUCACAUCAGGAGAAUUGGGAGGAAAAACGUCAUGGUCUGCUUCUGCAGAAGAAACAGCUGGAGGUGGAGAGAGAGAGAAUUCAAGCUAGGCUAGCUCUGCAGGAAGAGAAACUUUUACUACAGAACCAACAGCUCAGACAGUCGUACCUUCACUACAGCAGGCUUCAGCAAGCAACAGAUUCAGAGAAACUUCAAAACGGUACCAGCGAUAUCAAUGAAGGUCCACAGUCGAAUUUUAAAGUGGACAGAGGAGAACACAGCAGUCAAAAGGGAGAAGGCGAGUCACGGACUCUGCAGGGAAGUGUUCCACAGCCUUUAAGUAACAACCGGUCACAAGAGCUCGCCGAGAAUAUAAAGCAACCUGCACACAAGCCCUCUCAUGAGAUGUCCAUUAGCAGGAAGGAUAUGGCCACCUCACCUGUGGUUCCCGAAUGCGUCCGGACAUCUGCUCUUCCCACAAUUCCUGCUCUUGAUCUUCCAAGCACUCCACAGGUCUCAAGGUUGGACGAUUCUUUGAUGGAGCUGUUAGACAUAUUCAGCCCUGAAUCCAACCAAGAGAGGUACAGAAUCAACCCCUCAUCCCAGAAGAGUUUCAUCACACCUUCACUUAUCCAGAGGAGCCUUCUGUCACCUUUCGGCUCCAGCCGGCCUUCGCUGCUCGACCCAGAGGAGAGUCAGAUUUUAGAAGACAUCUUUUUCAUCUGCUGAAGGGCGUCUCGCUGUAACUGUUCAUUUACUGGUGUAAACGAUUAUUAAUUUGUAUGUUCAUAAUGCUUUGUCAUUGUCUUAAAACUCGUAUUGCCUUUUUUAUUUUUGUCAUCGUUACUCUUAAGAAAGUUUUUGUAAUGUUGAUGCAUUCAAGGUUGCUUUUGCCUUAAUAAAAUGUAUUUAUUAAUAAGCGAUGGUGUUUAUUCAGGCAGUAAUUACAUUCACUGACUUUUCCUAGAUCUGACCUGGCAAUGUGUACAACGUUCUCAAGAACACUUAAGGUGGUAUGUAAUGAUUUUAUUGUAAGCUAAAUCUCUGUCCCGUCUCUUUCGAGAAAUGGCAUUUCCAUAUCAUGUUAAUUCUUUAUUAUUUUUCUAUAUUAUGAGACGAGAUUGUAAACAAUAUGCUAACGUACUUCAAAGACCCUUUAGGAAAUGUAUUCCAUCACUCCAGUGACCGUACUUUAUUUUUCUACAGUGUGCUUUUGCUGAAUGUGUUUGACCUCAAAUGUUAUUAGAACAGAUAGUCAUACUUAUAAUGGACGGAUUUGGGUUUAACCAUAAUUGCCUGUGUUUUAAAUAGCGUCUUGGAACCCAAGCAUGAAUUUAAAUGUCAAUAUCAAUGGACUCAAAUGGGCUACGAAGUGACUAGUGAAUGGAUUUUCUUAACCCAGAAUGAGCUCUGUGUAUAUAAAAAUGUUAUAUACCUUUCCACGGAUACAUAUAGUAAUUCUCUCAUUCUCGCCAAUAAUCAGACCUGUUCCCUAAGUGCCUUUCCAUUACAAACAGUAUACAUGCUUUGAUAUUUCAUACAUCAGACUAGAUCAGGGAGCAUCAGGAUAUUUGAUGGGGUUCAACCAAACAUUGCUCCAGGGCGAUGGUCUAAUUUUGAUUUGUGAAGAAAGUUUUAAAGAAACGCAUCUCUGUGUGUGUGCGUGCUUCGCCUUUGAAGUGGAGAACAUCAGUCGUGCCCACAAAUCCAUAAAAGAAAAGAUAAAAACAACUCAAAAGAGGCUCGAAUGGAGAUACAGCAGGAAAUGGGACACGUGUAAUGCUGGUUUAUUCUACACUGUGCUUUAUUAUUGGGCUUAAGCAGAAACGCGUCAUUCAGUAAAAUUACAAAAGAGAGUCUAGGGACCAGAGAAACGUGGAGUUGAGGAAAACAGGGCACGAGCUGCGACGGCAUCCCAACUGCGAAUACAGCUCAAUCGCAUUGUGAUAGACUUGGCAAAAAUCCACACGUACUCUCAACUGUGCUGAAAAUGUCUGAAAAAGCUUCUUUUUAUAUGUUCCCAGUUUACUGCAUUGUUUCUGUGAGUUCAGACUGUUGUUCUUGAUUCCAAAGAGUCGAGGACAGUUAGCGCUAACGAAGAACAGCAAUAAAAGAAAGUUGCUGAGAGUUUGAUGGAUUAGUGCAGGUUUUUCUUUUCUCCGUCUGAAAAAAGCGAUGAAGCAGAUCGGAUCUCUGACACGUGAGGAACUGCAGAACAGAAAAACAGCAGACAGUUCAAACAGGUGCAGCGAAAAGUUUUGACACCGGUCCUUCAUGAGUUCUACAUUCUCCAUAAAGGAUUACCCUGAUUCUGCCAGUUGUGUUGUUCCAUUGUGUCUUAAUACAAUACAAAACAUGUAAAAAUAUAUUUUUAAAAAAGCGCCGUUUCGGUGACAAACUCAUAUUUGAUGCGGUUACAAGCACGCGAAAAAGAAAAUACAACCGGUGCAUAAAAAUACAAAUAUAAGUGUGAUAAAAACAAACGAACGAAAUGAAGGCAUUAAAAAUGAAUGAACAAAUAAUAAAUACAUAAAUAGACAAAUAAAUAUGCAUGUCGGCAGCAGUUCUGAAAGUGACGUAACAUGUUCUGAUCACAUCUGAUUGGCUCAUCUCACGUUCCGCAAUGAAACGACUCACAACCAUACUGCAUUUCCAAGGA